AUGGCGCCUAUUCGACCACUGGAUGAACGGAAGAAGGACAAGUCCAGGCCUGCAGGCCAACCACAGGCUGCCCAGGUGCCGCCAUCAACCUCGAUCUCCGUCGCCACGGAGGUACAGCCGCCUCCCCGACUUCGCCCGCCUCUCGUCCUUCCGCCGCUCCGAGGGUACCCAGUCCCAAACCCGCUUCUUCCGCCGGCAGACGCCCUCCCGCCGCCUCUUCCACCUGUCCGCAGGCCGCCGCUCCAGCUUAAGCCGCUCCCGGCUGAGGCCUUACGGCAAGUCCUGAAGCCGCCUCUUCCGCUUCAGCCGCCUCUUCCCCUUCAGCCGCUUGCGGCUGAGGGGUCUGCCAUAGUUCGCAGGCCGCCUCUUCAACUCCCGCCUCUUCGCCGUCCAGCGCUUCCGGCUCUGGGGUCUGGCCCGGUACCGAGCCCGCCGCUUCAGCAUCCGCCGCUUCCAGCUGAGGGGUCUCGCCCAUUCCGGAGGCCGCCUCUUCAGGUUCCACGUCUUCGCCUACCACCUGCUCCCCAACCGGCGAUUGUACCACCUGCUCCCCAACCGGCGAUCGUACCACCUGCCCAACCGGCGGUCAUACCACCUGCUCCCCCACCGGCUGUCGCACCAGCCCUGGCCCAGCAACGACAACGGCGGUUGUCUCGACGCAACGUGACCCCGCCUCCGCCUCUUGUUGUCGAGCGUCCGCCCCCAGCCGCUAUCGAUCCCGACCUCGCCGCCCGUAUUGCGCAGGGAGCUAGCCUGGAACGCGUGAUGUCGCUUCGCCGUCGGAAGCCUCGACAAUUUCGCGAGCAGCUGGCAAACGGCCAUUGGAUUCAAGGCUACACGUUUAGUUACGCGCCCCAAGGCCAAUAUACCGUGGAAAGCACGCUCUUUGACGACGGGCCGCCUGAGGAUUGGCAAGGGCCCGUGAUGACGAUCAAUGGUGAGGAUCAAUACGAGUUUGAAUCCAUCACUGGCCAUGAUGUUAUGGCGGAUGGCACCACCCACUACUGGGUCAAAUGGGCGGGUUGGCCGCACCCGUUCCUCGAGCCAGCGGCAAACUUCGCAAGCUCUCCUGCGGAGGCUGCGUAUUGGGCCAGAGUACGGGCCCCCUUCUAA